AAUGCGCAUCCUACAGAGCAGACGUCCGGCGGAGAACGGAGACAGCACCGGGAGCAGGCUGGGAACCGACGCGUCAGGGCGGAGACGGAAACACAGACUGAGGCCGAGAACUGAACCCCAGGGGAAGGUCUGCGACACGGCAGCGACCAUGGUGGGCGAACGCCGUAACGGGAACCUGCUGGUCCAGCUCGGUCCACGGUUGCAGGCGUAUCCGGAGGAGCUGAUCCGCCAGCGCCGCACACACGAUGGACAGACGGAGUACCUGAUCCGCUGGUGCCUGGUCACUAUAGAUGAUGGCUCCACCUCUGGGGGUGGGGCCAGUGAGACGGGUGGAGCUGGGAGCAGCAGCUCGGGCGCAGGCACGUCCAGUGGCUCAGCUUCCGGAGAGACCAAACCAGAGAACAUCCUGAUGUGGAUGUCAACAGAGGACGUUUAUGCCAACUGCCCCACACUGCUUGGGAAGAGGAAGGCAGAUGCUCAGCGCCCCCUGCAGGCGGAGCAGCGGCGGGGAGAAGCCGCUGAUGGAGGGCAGGUCCCCGCUGACGUCACUUUUGAUGAGGUGGAGCUGUCCGACAUGAAGGAGGACGUCAAGAACCUGGUACGACGAGCUCGGAAGCAGAUGGCCAAGAAGAGCGACUUCUCCAUCAGCAUCACUCACACCAUCCAUGUGCUGAGCGCCUACGCCAGCAUCGGCUCGCUGGUCGGUGUCUUCAAGGAGACCGGCGCCCUCAACCUGCUGAUGGAGCUGCUCUGCAACAAGGAGACGCAGACCAGACGGAGCGCUGGCAAAAUGCUCCGAGCACUGGCAUCGCACGACGCAGGCAGUCGGGCGUACGUCCUCCUGUCCCUCAGUCAACAGGAUGGCAUCGAGCAGCACAUGGACUUUGACAACCGCUACACACUGCUGGAACUGUUCGCAGAAACCACGUCAUCGGAGGAACACGGCAUCUCCUUCGAAGGGAUCCACCUGCCUCAGAUUCCGGGGAAGCUGCUGUUUUCUCUGGUCAAACGUUACCUGUGUGUCACAUCACUUAUGGACAAACUGAACACAGCGGGGGCGGACCCUAGCUCAGAUAGACAGGAUGCCAGUCCCUCCCCUGCAUCCACAAGCUCCGCCCACCAGGCUGAGCACCUGCGUGUCCAGCGGGAGUUUGACUUCACCAUGGCCAUGGCCAACCUCAUCUCGGAGCUGGUCCGGGUCAUGGGCUGGGACCGUAACCGUCAGCCACCCGAUGGCUCCACCCCCCGUCCGGGAGUAGGCGUGGUCAGUGCAGAGGAGCGGGGAGAGGAGGCUCCACCCCCACUCCUCAGGUCCAUCUUCCAGCCUCGGUUCUGUGCCUCGCCAAUUGCAUUCCCUGCCAGCUGUGUGUCGGUAAUACCCGCCGCCACGCCGGCCAAGAAGAAGGGUGGAAACAGCUUCAAGACGAGCUCGGACUUUGCCAGCCGCUCCGCCUACGUGGAAUACGUCCAGGACAACCUGAAGAGCGGCAUGGCGGUCCGCAUGUUGGAGGACUACGAGGAGGUGAGCGCUGGAGACGAGGGAGAGUUCCGCUAUAGCAACGACGGAUCGCCGCCUGUACAGGUAUACUGGAACUCUCUGUCCAGGACCUACUGGGUCCACUGGCACAUGGUGGAGAUCCUGGGCAGUGGCAGCAGCAGCCAGGCCAAGGACAAGGAGACGCAGGAGAAGGCCACGUCUCUGACAGAGACACUGAGACUAUCUGCAGUGAGUCAGAUGUUCUUCUCGAAGCCUCCUGGUGGUCUGUACUCGUUGCCGUACUUAUCAGAGGGCGUCCAGGUGGAGGCGGCGGCUCUGAGUCGUGCAGAGUGGUGGGAGAUUUUGUUCUUCAUCAAGAAACUGGAGCUGAAGCAGCAACAGGAGGUCAAUGCCAUCCUGCUGCAGAGCCUGGACGACCAGGAGGCGGAGCUGGACGACUCAACUCUGAUUGGUCUGUCUGUCCCUGGAGACGUGGCGAAGAAGCUGCUGCAUUACCUGAAGCAGAAGCUGCCGUCGUCGUGUCUGAGUGACCUGCUGUGUUCGCACACCUUCACCAAACACUACCUGAGGAGAGGCGGAGGAAGUCUGGAGGAUGAGGAGCUGCUGGCUGAGAGCACUUUGACGUCGCCUGGUCUUGGAGGGGGAGGAGCAGGAGGACAGAAUGCCUCCUCCUCAUCCUCAGGCUCCACCUCCUCAGCCUUGGGCUCAGUCUCUAAAAAGGCCAAGAAGGAGCUUCCACCCGACUCGGAGACGGAGAGCGAGCUGCCCUCAGAGGAUGACAGUAAAUAUCCCGAAGACUUGGAUGACAAGAUGAAAGUGUUCAACAACCCACGGGUCCAAGGCAAGAAGACGGUCCUGGAGAAACUUGGGGAGGUGGUCGACAUUCUGAAGAAAGGAGGAUCUGGAUCUGGACCUGCAUCUGGACCCGCAUCUGGACCCGACCAGGCCCAGCAGCUGGCGGCUGUCCUUUUCAUCACCAGACUGUUAGAAGAGAAGGGGGGCCAGGAGAAGAACUCUAUGAGAACCGACUCAGCCCAGACCAUCAGGGACCGGGUCUUGAAGCUGCUGGUGGAGCUGCUGUCAUCAUCUUCUAAGGACCUGGUCUUGGGUACUCUGAGACUCACUCGCCUGCUGAUGCUGAAGUACGAGUGGAGGGUGUCGUUUGCCACAGAGGGUGGAGUCAAAGCUGUGUUGUCUUGUAUGCAGGAGUUCUCCAGUGUCGUUCACGUUCAGCAGCUGGGGCUGGCGACUCUGAAGGUCAUCACUGGCGCCAAUAAACACGACCUCCGCAGUGUCGGCAGCAGCCUCCCUCUGUCUGAGUCUGGGACGCAGAUGAUGCUGGAAAUCUUUGCCAGCAUCGGCUCGGCCACGCCCGAAGGCUCCAAAGGACUGCUGGGAGUGAUUCCCAAUGCCAUCGACCUCAUGCUAAAAACCAAGGGCUGCCUGCUGUCGGUGCGUAAUGGCCUCCUCAUCAUCAUCACGCUCAUCUCCAGCCAUAAGAGUCUGGCUGAACAGCUGGUGGCCUGUGAUGUCACUGCUGUCCUCAAGAAGUGUUUGAGUCUGUCCAGAGCUGAGACCAUGUUGGCCAUCAUCGCCCUCAACCACAUCUCCAUGGUCCACAAGCUGGAGAGCAAAGAGAGCCAUGAGCAGCUGGACUUUAAGGACACAGAACUGCAGAUGUUGGUGGUGAGUCUGAAGGAGCUGACAGCCACCAAGGAGGUGAUCCAGACUCUGGAGCAACUCAUCUGUGAUGACCCCUUACAGCUGGAGGACGAACGCACACAGGUGACUCACAGUCGGGACACAUAUCAGGACCUGGUUCGUCUGUUGGAGCAGCACCGAGCCGACCGUGCUGUCCAGCUCUCCAUACUCAGGAUCCUGAACAAGUUCCUGGAUAACUACCAGGAGGACGUCCUACCGUGGCAUGAGAGCAUUGAGCCGUGUCUGUCAUCCAUGACGGCCUUCAUCAAUGACAGAGAGGUGGUCCAGCUGUUCAUCGGGUUCCUGUACCGCUUGGCAUCUCUGAAUAAGGACUAUGCUGUGGUCAUGUGUCGUUUGGGAACCAAAGAGGCUCUGCUCAAAGCUCUGGACAAACACAGCAGCAGCCUCCUGUUAGUGACGGAGCUCAGAGACCUGAUCACAGACUGUGAGAAGUACGCCAGCCUCUACAAGAAGAUGACCACCAGCGUACUUGCAGGAUGCAUUCAGAUGGUUCUGGGUCAGAUUGAGGAGCAUCGCCGCAGCCAUCAGCCAAUCAACAUCCCCUUCUUCGAUGUGUUUCUGAGGAACCUCUGCCAGGGGUCCAGUGUGGAGCUGAAGGAGGAUAAGUGCUGGGAGAAGGUGGAGGUUUCAUCCAAUCACCAUCGAGCGAACAAACUUACGGAUAAGAACCCCAAGUCGUACUGGGAGUCCAACGGCUGCACUGGGUCACACUUCAUCAACAUCUACAUGCACAAAGGCGUGGUCAUCAGGCAGCUGGCAAUCCUGGUGGCCAGCGAGGACUCAAGCUACAUGCCGGCCCGGAUCCUGGUUCUAGGAGGAGACGACCCGACCAACAUCAACACUGAACUCAACACGGUGAAUGUGACACCAUCGGCCAGUCGAGUGGUUCUUCUGGAGAAUGUGACGCGGUUCUGGUCCAUCAUCCAGAUCAGGAUCAAGAGGUGUCAGCAGGGCGGGAUCGACACCCGGGUCCAUGGUUUUGAGGUUCUGGGUCCAAAGCCGACGUUCUGGCCAGUGUUUAAAGAACAGCUGUGCUGUCGGACCUACCUGUUCUACAGCACCAAGGCCCACACCUGGUGUCAGGAGGUGACGGAGGACAGGACGCAGCUUCUGCAGCUCUUCAACAAACUCAACAGCGCCCUUCGACACGAGCAGAUGUUUGCAGAUCGGUUCCUUCCAGACGCUGAAGCAGCUGAAGCUCUAGGCCAGACCUGCUGGGAGGCUCUGAUCACCCCCAUAGUACACAGUAUUACAGUAUCAGAAUCCUCGGCAUGCAGCCCUCUGUCAUGGCUCCUCAGUGAGUACCUGGACAACGCCGAGGCAGCUCGCCGCUGUAAGGGCCGGGCGGCCAUCUUUAACUCCAGAGUUCGCCGCCUCACGCACCUUCUGGUCCACGUGGACACAAGUCGAACGGACGGCGAGGAGCUCAGACCACCUGUCAAAUCCAAAGGUCUCAACAGAAGCAAAGAGCUGAAGAAUGGUAAAGAGGGAAAGAACAAAGAUGCAGCCGCAGCCUCUUCGUCCUCCUCAUCGUCCACAGCCAAACCCAAAGUGAAGAGCAGCAGCAGCAGCAUUGCAGGCAUUGCCCUCUGCUGGCAGGGAGUGGUACAGCGCCAGGUGAAAAAAUUUCUGGAGUCCAGCUGCACUUUACCGGACUUUGUGGAACGUUAUCGAACACUGUACCUGAGACUGAAGAACGCCAUGGAGGAGCUGUUUGGACAGCAGACUGCCUUCGUUCUUGCACUGAGACAUGGGUUCAGUGCAGCGUUACUGCAGCUGUCCAUCCUCAGAGCCAUGCAUGUGAGUGAGCGUUUUGCUCAGUACAUCGAUAAGAUGAUCCAGUCAAGCGGUGUUCCAUCCGGUGGCGUGGAGACUCUGCAGCGUCUGCAGCAGUUUCUGGAGCCGAUGCUAUUUUUGUCUGGGCUGGAGCUCGCCAACACCUUCGAACACUUCUACAGGUACUACCUGGGCGACCGGCUGUUGGCUCAGGGGAACGUCUGGCUGGAGGGUGCCGUCAUUGAUCACAUUGGCAGCUGUUUCCCGAGUCGCUUCCCUCAGCAGAUGCUGAAGAACCUAAGCGAGUCGGCCGAGCUUCAGCAGGAGUUUCAUCUGUACCGACUGCAGCAGCUGGACCGCCGCCUGCAGGAGCACGACCAGUUAAUGGAGGAGGAGUGGGCAGAGUCAGAGGAGGAGGCCGAGGUCCAGGUCCUGGUUCUGUCUCCUCGCUGCUGGACCGUCUCCUCGCUCUGCUUCCUGGAAGAGCCCACCACACACUUUCCUCCAGAACUCUGCUCCUACCUGAACCAGUUCACCCAGUUCUACACUCACAGUCAGUCCAUGUAUGGGCUGAGUCACUCCAAGCCUCGCCGUCUCCAGUGGACGUGGCUCGGUCACGCUGAGCUGCAGUUCGGCUGCUGGACGCUGCACGUGUCUACACUGCAGAUGUACAUCCUACUGCACUUCAACACACAGGAGGAGGUUCCAGUGGACUCUCUGCUGCAGCUGACUGGUCUGACUGCCACCGUCCUGAUCCAUGCUCUGCAGCCACUGGUCAGCGAGGGCGGACCGCUGACCUGCAGCCACAGCGCCGACCUGCUACAGGGUGUCCUGCGGUUGAACCCAGAGGUGGCGGCCCGCAGUCAGGAUGGUGUGGAGGCGUGUCUCCGGCUCCUUCCCUCGCAGACCUACCUGAACGUGGACGAGGAUGCAGCAGGAACUCUGGAGAGGAAGAGGAACUACAUCUACUGUCUGAUCGUCCACAUCAUGAAGCAGGAGAAGGAGAUGCACAUCGACAACCUGGUCUUCAAGGUUCUGGACUCGUGUCAGAAACAGGAGGCAUGUCGUUCACCCGGCGGCGGGCGCUUCAGCUGCAGCACCGCUGACGUCCUGUCCUGCAUCAUGCAUGUCAUUAGCAAAGGCUGCGUCCGACGCAACGACGACAAUCCACACAUUGUAGAGUUCCUGCCCGAAGACCCGGCCACGCCGCAGAAGGGCCACGCCCAGUUCUCCUUCAGCCGGACCGAGCUGCGCCAGGACACCGAUGGAAGGGCCGACAUCAGUCUGGCCGCGGCUCCUUGUCAGAUCGAGGACGGUGUUCUCGAUGCUGUUCUGUUCUCAAUGGGUCGGACAAUGACACAGGAGGAGGUCCGUCAGCUGAUGCAGAGGACGGUCCAGCAGGUGUCCGGGACCCUGAGCUUGGACCUGGACCGAGCUGAACACCUGCUGGUCCACUGUAAGUGGAAUGUGGACCUGCUGGUCCAGCGUUUCACUGAUGACCCUGACAGCCUCUUCACUGCAGCUGGACUUAAGAUCCGAAACCCUCAGCCUCCGCCAAGCCCCGCCUCCGCCUGCCCCGUGUGCGUCAGCCCCUGCCCCGCUCCCACCGAGCCGGGCCCGUCACUGAGCUGCAUGCACUACUGCUGCACGUCCUGUUGGCAGGAGUACCUGACCGCCCGCAUUGAGCAGAACCUGGUGAUGAACUGUAACUGUCCAAUCACAGACUGCCAGGCUCAGCCCACAUCACAGUUCUUCCUCAGCAUCCUCACUGACAAGGACACAGUCGCCAAGUAUGAGAACGCCCUGCUGCGGGGCUACGUGGAGUGCUGCUCCAACCUGACGUGGUGCACCAACCCCCAGGGCUGUGACCAGAUCCUGUGUAAGGAGAACAUGGGCAGCAUGGGAACCUGCUCCAAGUGCUGCUGGUCAUCCUGCUUCAACUGCAACUUCCCAGAGGCCCACUACCCAGCCAGCUGCAGCCACAUGUCCCAGUGGAUGGAUGAUGGGGGCUACUACGAGGGCAUGAGCAUGGAGGCGCAGAGUAAACACCUCGCCAAACUCAUCUCCAAACGCUGCCCAAGCUGCCAGGCCCAGAUCGAGAAGAAUGAAGGCUGUCUACAUAUGACCUGUGCCAAGUGUAACCAUGGUUUCUGCUGGAGGUGUCUGAAACCAUGGAAACCCACUCAUAAGGAUUAUUACAACUGCUCUGCUAUGGUGAGUAAAGCUGCUCGUCAGGAGAAGAAAUUCCAGGAUUAUAACGAGAGAUGCACCUUCCACCAUCAGGCCAAGGAUUUUGCCAUAAACCUUGAGAACAAAGUAUCGUCCAUUAACGAAGCUCUGCAGAUGAAGAGUCUGACCUUUGUCAUCGAUGCCUGCAAAGUCCUCGCUCAGGCUCGGAAGGUUCUGGCCUACUCUUGUGUCUACAGCUACUACAACCAGGAGACAGAGAAGAUGGACGUGAUGGAGCAGCAGACGGAGGCUCUAGACCUGCACACCAAUGCUCUGCAAAUCCUGCUGGAGGAGACGCUGCUGCAGUGCACGGACCUGGCUUCCUGUGUCCGACUGCUGAAACCAGAACACCUCAACACCGGACUGGAGCUGAUCCGACGAAUCCAGGAGAGGCUGUUGGCCAUCUUGCAGCACUCCAGCCAGGACUUCCGGGUGGGUUAUCAGUCCAAAAGCAGUCAGGAACCAGAAUCCACUCAGGCAACAAAUCUGUCCAAUCACAGCAACGCCAACAAACUGACGAAGUCGGACCAGGCGUCGGACUCUGGAGACUCUGACAACAACAACUACACGGGGGAGGAAGGUGGUGAGGACGCGGAGGACGAGGACGACGAGUACGAUGAGGAGUACGUCCCCGAGUGGCACGAGGACUACGAUGAGGACGACAUUGACGAGGACGACUUCUUCUCCGAUGAUGACGAGUCAGAGAACCUGGAGAGGGACUUCAGCCCCUUUGACUGACCCGGACCCGCCCCCAAAAGAAGAGGUGACAAGUUGGGCCACGCCCCGCCACGGCCCCACCCCCUCGUCACCGCCACCAAAUGCCACGAAGGACAGGACACGAAGAGAGGGAUGUCCUCCUGCACCUGAACCCAAACCCCAUAAACAGCUCCACUCGCUUUGAGCCUGUUCACCCUGUGACCACGUACGGAGAGAGAUGAGGGACAAACGAGGUCCCGGAAGACCACACUGACAAUCACAGACCAACAUGGACCAGCCUCGAUGGAUAUCAGACUGAGACCAGUUUAGACCCAGUUAAGGACCAGUCUGAAACUAGUUUAGAACCAGUUAAAGAGCAGUCUGAAAUAGGAGUGAAUCUAAGCUUGAACCAGUUUAAAGCUGGUGUGAAACCAGUCAGAUGUGAUGUGAUGUAAUAAAUUAUGUAAUGAUGAUGAAAGGAUGUGACUCCACUACAAAUUCAGUUUAAAACUAGUUAAAGCUCAAACUGGUCUGAAUCUGGGGAAACCAGUUCAAAUCCAGACCAGGGUCAGGACUAAACCAGUUAAAAUCAAGUCUUAAAGUACUAACAGUGUGAAUCCAGUCCAAAGGAGGUUUGAAUCUGGUUCAAAUGCGGUUUAAAUCUUGUUUUAAACUGGUUUAAAUGAGGUUUGAAACUGGUUUAAAUUGAGUUUGAAACUGGUUUUAAACCCAGUCUUUUCCAGUUGAUGCAGUGAACCUCAGUGUUUUGUUUUAGUUUAGGUGUAAAUGUUCAGAACCUGUUUUGAUGAUUCUGGUUUGUUCUGAUGCUUUCUGUUCUGGCCCUGGUUCUGGGGGUUUGGGUUUCCGACAGCAUUGGGUGGAUGUUUGACUUCCUGCUGCUACUUCUGUUUGUUUCCUGAAGGCUGGGUGGGUUCGGCCCGUUGACCCGUUGUCCGUUCUGACACCCUAGGCUCUGUUCUGGUUCUGGUUUGUUUCCUGAAGUGGGUUGGGCUCGGACUGUCGACCCGUGGUCUGUUUCAUAUGCGUUCCUUUCACAUGUUCUGCCUUUGGUUCCACCGUGGACGCUGCCUUUGUUUGAGAGUGAAGCUCGUCUGGAUGUUCCUAUGCAUCUGAAGGUCCACGAGUCUGUGCAUCCUGACGUAUCACUGAAUUGAUUGAUAAUCGCUCACCAUUGUCAUUUGCUGAGACUCCGCCUCCUGCUGUUUGUGUCUGAAGCACGAGAAGAGGAUGUUUGCUUUGUUCAGAGACUCGACUCCCUGUUCGCUGGACUUUUCACCCUAUAUUCAUAUUGGUGAUGUUCUGUUAUGUUCUGAGUCUUUUGUUGGAGUCAAGCGACUUCAAGCAGCAACUAAAUAAAUAAAAGCUUUUUCUGCUA